AUGGGGAAUCACGGCUCCAACCUGGACGAAAUCCUGGCCGAGGACAUGCACCACUGGUAUAACAUGUUCAUGAGAGAGUCUCCGUCGGGCCUCAUCACGCUGUUCGAGCUGAAGGCCAUCCUGAACCUGAAGGGCAUGAACGAGAACGCCAACAGCUACGUGGACCAGGUGUUCUUCACCUUCGACAUGGACGGGGACGGCUACAUCGACUUUGUGGAGUACAUCGCAGCCAUCAGCCUGAUGCUGAAAGGAGAAAUCAACCAGAAACUAAAAUGGUAUUUCAAACUGUUCGACCAGGACGGCAACGGAAAGAUUGACAAGGAGGAGCUGGAGACCAUCUUCUCGGCCAUCCAGGACAUCACAAGGAACCGAGACAUCGACCCCGAGGAGAUCGUCGCGCUCAUAUUUGAGAGGAUCGACGUGAACGGAGAAGGUGAGCUGACCCUGGAGGAGUUCAUCGAGGGAGCCAAGGACCACCCAGACAUCAUGGACAUGCUGAAGAAAAUGAUGGACCUGACGCCGGUGUUAGUGAUCAUCGUUGAAGGCCGGACGGGAUGA